UAAAUACUCAUAUCAUCCCGCUCUGUGAACACUGGCUUCUUUACCUCAUCUUUUAUACCCUUCCAUUAUGAUGUUAGUCACAUCCAUGACUUUGCUGGCUCUUGCCGCCUCGCCAGUGCUGGCUUGGCUCCCAGGAGAGCACAAGGAAAUCUACGCUCGGGAUGGAACGAACCUUUUCAACAACACUGCUUUAGGAGGCGACUCGACUUCCAAACGCUGGCUUCAAGCAUCAGGAAAAGUCCGGGGAGUCAAUAUGGGGUCACUCUUCGUCUUCGAGCCCUGGAUAGCAGAAACUGAAUGGGCAAACAUGGGCUGCGGUGGCCAGGCGUCAGAAUUCGACUGCGUUUCUCACCUUGGACAAGCACAAGCAAAUUCAGCCUUCCAAACCCAUUGGGACUCGUGGAUUACUCAGGCAGAUAUUGCUCAGAUGCAAAGUUACGGGUUGAACGCGAUCCGGGUCCCUGUGGGGUACUGGAUGAUGGAGAGUCUUGUUUAUGCGGAUAGUGAGCAUUUCCCCCAGGGAGGCAUUACCUAUUUGGAGAGAUUGUGUGGGUGGGCAAGUGAUGCGGGGUUUUAUAUUAUCAUUGAUUUGCAUGGUGCGCCUGGGGCUCAACAGCCGGGCAAUUCAGAUACCGGACAAAAUGCUCCAUCAGCCGGCUUUUACGUCGACUACCAAUACGCCCGCGCAGAGCAAUUCCUCUCCUGGCUCACAAAUCUCAUCCACACUACCUACGCCUUCCGCAACGUCGGCAUGAUCGGUAUAGUCAACGAGCCCAUCCAGAACGCCGACACGGUAGUCACGAUGCGCUCAUCGUACUACCCCGGAGCCUACAACGCAAUCCGAAGCGCAGAACGAGCACUCGGGGUCACGCAGAAUAAUUUUCUACACGUACAACCCAUGAAUGAGCUCUGGUUUGCAGGAGAUCCGAACCAGUUCUUUGACUUGGCCAAUACGGUAUCUCUGGCUUAUGAUGAUCAUCGAUACCUGAAGUGGGCUGGUGUUCCAACCUCCCAAUACGACUACUUGUCAAACACCUGCAACGACAAUCGCAACAGCGACAACAACACUCCCACCAUCGUCGGCGAGUUUAGCCUCAGUGUCCCGGAUGACGUUCAGUGGACACCGGAUUGGGAUCCCAGCACACAGCAAGCGUUUUAUAGAAAAUGGUUUGCGGCGCAAGUUACGAAGUAUGAGCAGGAUACUAAUGGGUGGGUCUUUUGGACUUGGAAGAGCCAGCUGGGCGAUUAUAGGUGGAGUUAUCAGGAUGCGGUCGCUGCCGGGGUGAUUCCGGGGAAUGUUGCGGAUGUUGAUCAAGGGGCUUGUAAUGGGUACUGAGGAAGAGGACAAACAAGUUUCAGAUGAGGACUGAGAAUAUUUUAUGGUUUUCAAUUGCAUGUCAAGUCGACCAGGACAAGGAAACUAGGCCGUUUUCUUCAAAGCAAUUAACGCCAUCCCAAACGUUGCUAAGCAGCAAAUUACGCGUGAUUAGAAAGAGGGGGAAAUAAUA